AUGUCAGCUGAAAAGAGUGCCUCCGAAAGGUACCAGAAGAUUUCUCAACUAGAGCAUAUUCUUAAAAGGCCCGACACUUAUGUAGGUUCAGUGGAGAUCCAAGAGCAAACACAGUGGAUACAUGAUGAAGCGACUGACUGCAUGGUGGAAAAGAACGUCAAAAUCGUUCCCGGUCUUUUCAAGAUUUUUGAUGAGAUCUUAGUGAACGCUGCAGACAAUAAGGUUCGUGAUCCUUCCAUGAAGAAAAUAGAGGUGAACAUUAACAAGGAAGAGAACUUUAUUGAAGUGAAAAAUGACGGUAAAGGGAUUCCCAUUGAGAUUCAUGAAAAAGAGCAGAUUUACAUUCCAGAAAUGAUUUUUGGCCAUUUGCUAACCUCCUCGAACUACGAUGAUGAUGAAAAGAAAGUCACCGGUGGCAGGAAUGGUUAUGGGGCUAAGCUCUGUAAUAUAUUCUCUUCUGAAUUUAUUCUGGAGACUGCAGACCCCAUAAAGGGCGAAAAGUACUUACAAAAAUGGGAAGCUAACAUGAGUAUUUGCCAUAAACCAAAAAUUACAUCAUAUAAAAAGGGUCCUUCUUACACAAAGGUGUCAUUUAAGCCUGAUCUUCAGAGAUUUGGUAUGGAGCAUCUGGACGAUGACAUUGUGGGUAUUAUGCGUCGUAGAGUUUUUGAUAUCAAUGGGUCCGUGAGAGACAUAAGCGUUUAUUUGAAUGGUAAAAGUCUUCGGAUCCGCAAUUUCAAGAAUUACGUUGAGCUUUACCUCAAGUCGCUUGAGAAGAAGAAGUCUGAGGAGCAGGGAGCUGAUGUCGGGAAGGCCCCUACUAUUCUUUACGAGCGACUCAACGACAGGUGGGAAAUUGCAUUUGCAGUCUCAGACGUCGCUUUCCAGCAAAUUUCAUUUGUCAACUCUAUAGCCACUACUUCUGGUGGCACCCAUGUCAAUUAUGUGUCUGAUCAGAUAGUUAAGAAAAUCACAGAGCAUCUCAAGAAAAAGAAGAAGGGAAAAACAAUCAAAGCCUUUCAAAUCAAAAAUCACAUUUUCAUAUUUGUCAACUGUCAAAUUGAAAACCCUGCAUUCACGUCUCAAACUAAAGAACAAUUGACAACUCGGGUUAGGGACUUUGGCUCCAAGUGUGACAUCAAGGAUGAAUUCAUUAACAAGAUCAUGAAAACAGAGUUAGCUGAGAGAGUGUUCGAACUUGCAGAUCAAAACGAAGAAAAAGCUCUACAAAAAUCAGAUGGAAGCAGGAAGAAUAGGAUCACAAAGUAUGCAACUUUGGAAGAUGCCAAUUGUGCUGGCACAAAGCAGGGGUACAAGUGUACUCUAGUUUUAACAGAAGGUCUUUCUGCUCAGUCUUUGGCUGUCGCGGGUCUUGCGGUAGUUGGACGUGAUUACUAUGGCUGCUACCCAUUACGUGGUAAAAUGUUGAAUGUUAGGGAGGCAAGCGCCGAGCAAAUAAACAAGAAUGCUGAAAUCCAGGCAAUCAAAAAAAUCGUUGGUUUGCAACAUAGAAAGAAAUACGAGGAUACCAAAUCAUUAAGAUAUGGUCACAUAAUGAUCAUGACAGAUCAAGAUCAUGAUGGAUCACACAUCAAGGGUUUAAUCAUCAAUUUCCUUGAGAGCUCGUUUCCUGGCCUCCUAGAUAUCCCGGGCUUCCUGAUCGAGUUUAUUACACCAAUCGUGAAGGUCACAAUAACAAGACCAAAGCGCGAUGUGAUAUCAUUUUACAACAUGCCAGAUUAUGAAGAAUGGAGGGAGAAAGAGAGCCACAAGUAUAGCUGGAAACAAAAGUACUACAAAGGUUUGGGUACCUCUUCUUUGCAGGAAGCGCGAGAAUACUUUUCUGAUCUAGACACACAUCUGAAAAAGUUUCACGCUCUAGAAGGUGAAGACAGCCAACUGAUUGACCUGGCCUUUUCAAAGAAAAAGGCAGACGAUCGAAAGGAAUGGUUGAGACAAUACGAACCUGGUAACACUCUAGAUCCAACCUUAAGCGAAAUCCCUAUUUGUGACUUCAUCAACAAGGAACUAAUCCUUUUUUCCUUGGCAGACAACGUACGAUCCAUCCCUUCUGUAUUGGACGGGUUUAAGCCAGGACAGCGCAAGGUUCUCUAUAGUUGUUUUAAAAGAAAGCUAAAGUCAGAAAUCAAGGUGGCCCAGCUCAUUGGCUAUGUUUCAGAGCACACUAGUUACCACCAUGGCGAACAGUCGCUAGCUCAAACAAUUGUCGGAAUGGCCCAAGACUACGUGGGAUCAAACAAUAUCUACCUUCUAAAACCAAAUGGUGCAUUUGGUACAAGGGCAGCAGGCGGUAAAGACUCAGCUGCUCCCAGAUACAUUUUCACCGAGUUAAACAACAUUACUCCAAAUAUUUUUAAUCCGCUCGAUAACCCGCUGUUGACCUAUUUACAAGAAGACGAUCAAACAAUUGAGCCUCAAUGGUACUUACCUGUGAUACCCAUGAUCCUAGUAAACGGUGCAGAAGGCAUUGGCACGGGCUGGAGCACAAAUAUACCUUGCUUUAAUCCUCUUGAAAUUGUUCAAAAUAUCAAGAAACUGAUGAACGGAGAGCCUAUGGAUGAUAUGGCGCCAUUUUACAGGGGCUGGGAGGGGCGUCUUCAAAAAAUCGAUGGUCAGAGGUACAGAAUGUAUGGGAGAAUCGAGCAAGUUGGUCCAAGAACCCUCGAAAUUACUGAACUGCCGGCCAAGACAUGGAUCUCAACAAUUAAAGAGCACUUGUUGUUAGGAUUAGCUGGAAAUGAAAAGACCAAGCCUUGGAUUAAGGAUAUGCAGGAGAACCACGGCGCAACUAUUAAGUUUACAGUGGAGCUGACUGACGAAGAGAUGCAAAAUACGAGAAGAAUUGGGUUCUACGAAAGAUUCAAAUUAGUAUCAACAAUCAGCUUGGCAAAUAUGGUGGCAUUUGAUCCGAACGGUCGCAUCAAAAAGUAUGAGGAUGUCAGGGAUAUCUUGAGUGAUUUCUACUAUGUCAGGCUUGAGUAUUUCCAAAAGAGAAAGGAUCAUAUGUCGGAAAGGCUUCAGUGGCAAGUUGAGAAACUUUCACAGCAAACGAGGUUUAUAAAGCUGAUUGUUGAAAAAAAGCUCACCGUCACUAAUAAGCCAAGAUCAGCCCUCUUCAGAGAGCUUGAGGAAUUGGGCUUCCCUAAGAUAAACAGCGAAGGCAGACCCUACUAUGGCGCAGUCAAAGGAGAGGAACAGAGCGUACUGGAUGCAGCCUAUAGUGAUGACAACGAGGAUCCCGAGGAAGAAAGCAAUGAGGUUAACGGACCACAGGAUAAGUAUGGUACCUUUGAAUAUCUCCUGGGGAUGAAAAUCUGGUCCCUGACUAAAGAAAAAUACGAGAAAUUGCUGAAUCAAAAGCAAGAGAAAGAGGUUGAACUCGAUAACCUUUUGCGUCUAUCGGCGAAGGACCUUUGGUGCCAAGAUCUAGACGCCUUCUCUAAUGCCUAUAAGGCCUUCUUAGAAUAUGAUGAGAAAAAGCGCAACAGCAUAAUUCCUGAUGCAGCCAGCACUAAACAGAAAGGCAAGAGGAAGAGAGCCAAAGCAGACGAUGACGAUUAUAAGCCGAAACCCAAAAAGAAGGCAAAAACUGCAUCAGCUGCGAAGCCAAAAACCGAGGAUUCUCAGUUUGAGAACGUUUUGAUCGAACAAAAAGUGAUUGAAAAGCCUAAGCGUGUUGUGAAGGUUAAAGACGAAAAGCAGCCUACCAUCGAAAGUCUUGUGGGCAAGAACAAAGGAGCUACGAUUGAUAGUUCUGCGGCCAAUUCAGCGUCGGCAACGCCUCCGCCACAGCCCCCUAAAAUGAUCAAGAGCGAGGACUCGAGCCAGUCUAGCGCCUCUGAUAAGUCAGCGGAUGCUCCCAAGGGUGGUGAACGUGAUCAAAUGAGCGUCUUCUCCAGUAAGUUCAGAGAAGCAAGCGCGUUGUUUGACAGUUUUAAGCCGGCGGAAGCUACAGCAAGCAACCAUUCUCUUUCCGAAAAACCGGGUACAGAAAAUCCUGAUGCCGCAGAAUCUGAGGUUGCAAAACCUAAGAAGCCUGUGACGAAAGCCACAGCCCGAAAGCCUUCAAGGAAAAACCAGAUUUCAGACGAAAGUGAUUUUGAGAUAUCUGACAAUGGUGAGGCGAGCCCUGUCAUAGAAUCCACAAUAUCCCAGCCUCCUAGAAAGCGCGCUGCCAGAGCUAAGCCCUCGAAGUCUUAUAAAGAAACUAUUGACUUAUCGGACAUGUCUUUUCAAGAGGAGGUCCCGGCAGAAGAUGAGUCCGACGAGUCUUUUCAGGAAUCUGAAUAG